AUGGCAGAGGCGAGUCUGGAGACAGAGGGCCCAAGAUCCUCCAUGCCAGCUGAGCUGUACCACUGUCACUCAGAGUUCUCCAACUGGAAGUUUAAACUGUUUAGAGUGAAGUCAAUGGAAAAGGCACCCCUUCCCAGCCAGAUAGAAACCCAAAAAGGUGCCUCAUCACAGAUCCUGUUUUCUUCAGCUCCACGGUCAACAGUGAAUGAUGAUGGUGUGGGUCCCUCAGGGAGUGUGAUGAAGCUGUGUUUAGGAGGAAAGAGCAAGGAACAUGUGGAAGGUCCAGGCAAGAGAGUGGAUCUCAAGCUAAAGGAGAUGGACAUCCACAUGAACCACCUCCGGUAUCUGUGCCGGCUUUGUGGUGUGGCUCUAAGGAAAGUCAAAGGCCCAGAGCAUGAUGUGCAGGGCCAUCUGGAUGAGACAAGCAGGAACACCUUACGCAGGAUGGGCUGCAAAUUCACCAGCUGGCCAGAGGUCAUUCUCAAGGUGUUCAAAGUGGAUGUGACAGGGGACACAGAAGCUGUCCACCCUCUGUCCUUUUGUCAUCGAUGUUGGAUGGUUGCCAUGCGAGGAGGAGGCUUCUGCAGCUUCUCGAAAACUAGAGUCCCUGAGUGGAGACCCCACUCCUCCCUGUGCCUCCUUUGUUCUCCCAAGAAGCCCUCACUCAAAUGGAGUGUGAGAAAUAGAAAAAGACCUCUUUGUAGAGUCCAACGGCAGGUCAAGAGGUUCAAGGGGGACUACUAUGAUAACACUGGCACUUGUGAGAAGAAAACUCUGAAACCAGUAUCAGGCCAUCACCCAGGUCAUGUGGUCAGAAGCUGGGUGAAACCCAGCAUCCAGAAGAAACAAUGGGCGAAGAGUUUCAUCCACUGUCAGAAAGACCAUCUCAGCACCAGCCUGAUCUCUGAGGAGCUCCCUGAAGACUUCUUCCGCUCUGUCACCUGCCCGGUGUGUGACCAUCUGCUAUCUGACCCAGUUCAAUCUCCUUGCAGACACCUCUUCUGCCGUAGUUGUAUUAUGAUAUAUAGCCAUACUCUUGGACUCCACUGCCCGGCUUGUAACCUGCCCUUUGCCACUGCUGACCUCAGUUCCCCUGCUAAUGCUUUUUUGGCAGCUCUGCACUCUGUCCCUCUGCUCUGCUCAAGAAGUGGCUGUGGGAAACAGGUAAGACUAGACACGUACAAGGCUCACUGUCUGUCCCACCAACUCGAGGAAGAAGAUGAAAACCAGAGGUCACCAAAUGAGACCAUUGACAAUUACCUGCCAAUCAAUAAAGGAGGGAGACCUCGCCAGCACUUGCUAUCCCUCACUCGCCGUGCCCAGAAACAUCGACUGAAGGACCUCAAGAACCAGGUUAAAAUGUUUGCAGACAAAGAGGAAGGUGGUGACAUAAAGUCUGUGUGCCUGACUUUAUUCCUUCUUGCUUUGAGAUCUGGGAAUGAGCACCAGCAGGCAGAUGAGCUGGAAGUCAUAAUGCAAGGAAGAGGCUAUGGGUUACAUCCUGCUGUGUGCCUGGCCAUUCGCGUCAACACCUUUCUCAGCUGCAGCCAGUACCACAAGAUGUACCGAACUGUUAAAGCAACCAGUGGUCGCCAAAUCUUCCAGCCCCUGCACACUCUCCGAGCUGUGGAAAAGGAGCUCCUCCCUGGCUAUCACCCAUUUGAGUGGCAGCCUGCCCUCAAGAAUGUGUCUGCAUCGUGCCAAGUGGGCAUAAUCAACGGGCUAUCUGGGUGGGUUGCUUCUGUUGAUGACUCUCCGGCUGAUACAAUCACUCGCCGGUUUCGUUAUGACGUGGCCCUGGUAUCGGCCCUCAAAGAUCUGGAAGAGGACAUUAUUGAGGGACUGAGCAAGUGUGGUCUUGAAGACAGUGCUUGCACCUCAGGCUUCAGUGUUAUGAUCAAGGAGUCUUGCGAUGGCAUGGGUGAUGUCAGCGAGAAGCACGGUGGAGGCCCUCCUGUCCCAGAAAAAGCUGUGCGCUUUUCUUUCACCAUUAUGUCCAUCUCUAUAUUGGCUGAUGGAGAGCAGGAAGAGGUAACUAUCUUCAGGGAGCCAAAGCCAAAUUCUGAACUGUCCUGUAAACCUCUUUGCCUGAUGUUUGUAGACGAGUCUGACCACGAAACCCUCACGGCUGUCCUAGGGCCUGUGAUUGCGGAACGAAACGCCAUGAAGCAGAGCCAACUCAUCCUAUCUAUGGGCGGGCUACCUCAUUCUUUCUGCUUCCACUUUAGAGGCACAGGCUAUGAUGAGAAGAUGGUGCGUGAGAUGGAGGGCCUCGAGGCCUCAGGUUCCACUUAUAUCUGCACCCUGUGCGAUUCCACUAGGGCGGACGCCUCUCACAACAUGGUACUCCAUUCUAUCACACGCAGCCACAGUGAGAACCUGGAGCGCUACGAGAUAUGGAGGACAAAUCCCUUCUCUGAGUCUGCUGAGGAGCUGCGAGACCGGGUCAAAGGAGUCUCUGCCAAGCCCUUUAUGGAAACCCAGCCUACUCUAGAUGCAUUACACUGUGACAUCAGCAAUGCCACAGAGUUCUACAAAAUCUUCCAGGAUGAGAUUGGAGAAGUGUUCCAAAGGCCCAAGCCUACCCGGGAGGAAAGGCGAGGAUGGAGGGCAGCCUUGGAUAAGCAGCUUAGGAGGAAGAUGAAGCUUAAGCCUGUGAUGAGGAUGAAUGGAAACUAUGCCAGAAGGCUGAUGACCAAGGAGGCUGUGGACGUGGUAUGUGAGUUAGUGCCCACAGAGGAGAGGAGGGAGGCCCUGAGGGAGCUUAUGGAGCUAUACCUGCAGAUGAAACCUGUAUGGCGUGCUACCUGCCCCACCAAUGAAUGCCCUGACCAGCUAUGCCAGUACAGCUUCAACUCUCAGCGCUUUGCUGAUCUCCUUUCCACUGCCUUUAAAUAUAGAUAUAAUGGAAAGAUUACCAAUUACCUGCACAAGACACUGGCCCAUGUCCCUGAAAUUAUAGAGAGAGAUGGCUCCAUCGGAGCCUGGGCCAGUGAAGGGAAUGAGUCAGCAAACAAACUGUUUCGCCGUUUUCGUAAAAUGAAUGCUCGUCAGUCCAAGGCCUUUGAACUGGAAGAUGUGUUGAAACACCACUGGCUCUACACCUCAAAAUACUUGCAGAAAUUUAUGAAUGCUCACAAGGACUCUGCAAAAGCAUUGCAAGCUACCAUUGACCCAUUGGUAAUCCAGGAUCAGGACAAUGAAAACGUAUCUCUUGAUGCCCCUGAUCUGUGA